CUCUCUCUCCUCCCGCUUCCUCCCUGUGGUGGUUGGGCUGUUUCUGCCAUGACUCUCUGCGCCUAGGCCUGGCUGCCCUGUGCCUUUGCCAAUCAAACCCGAGCCUCCUCCUCUGACAGUGAAGAGAGUGGCUGCCCUCGGCCUUUCAGGGUUACUGUCCCUCCCCUCGCGCUGCCACCGAGCCGCGUGCGCCCGUGCCUCCGCGCGCCGCCCGCCCUGCCCGCGCCGGGCCCGCGGCACCCAUGGACGACUCGGAGGUGGAGUCGACCGCCAGCAUCCUUGCGUCGGUCAAGGAGCAGGAGGCGCAGUUCGAGAAGCUCACGCGGGCGCUGGAGGAGGAGCGGCGCCACGUCUCCGCGCAGCUGGAGCGCGUCCGCGUGUCCCCACAGGAUGCCAGCCCGGGCUUGGCCAACGGCACGCUCACCCGGCGGCACCAGAACGGCCGCUUCCUGGGCGAUGCUGACCUGGAGAGGCAGAAGUUCCCGGAUCUGAAGCUCAACGGGCCGCAGGACCACAGCCACCUCUUGUACAGCACGCUGCCCAGGAUGCAGGAGCCGGGCCACAUCGUGGAGGAGACGUACACCAUGGAGGAGGACCCUGAAGGGGCCAUGUCGGUCGUGUCCGUGGAGACGUCGGACGACGGCACGACCCGGCGCACGGAGACCACGGUGAAGAAAGUGGUGAAGACUGUGACCACGCGGACAGUGCAGCAGGUCCCCAUGGGACCCGACGGGCUCCCCCUGGAAACCUCCCCGGUGCCCAGCAGCUACGUGCAGACCAUGGACAGGAACUUCCGCAAGAACGGCAACGGGGGCCCCGGCGGCUACCUGGGCCAGCCGGGCACGGCCACCCUGCCACGCAACUACCACUACCCCGAUGGCUACGGCCGCCCCUACGAGGACGGCUACCCGGGCAGCGACCACAGCUACGGCAGCCUGUCCCGCGUCACCCGCAUCGACGAGCGCUACCGGCCCUCCAUGGACACCUACCGGGCGCCCAGCCGCCAGGACGUCUACGGCCCCCAGCCCCAGGUGCGUGUCGGCGGCAGCAACAUGGACCUCAACCACUUCCACGCCGAGCCGUACGGCCUGGAGGACGACCAGCGCAGCGUGGCCUUCGACGACGUCGACUACAGCCUCAUGUCCGACUAUGGCACAGCCCGACGGGCAGGGACCCCGUCUGACGCCCGCCGUCGGCUCAGGAGCUACGAGGACAUGCUGGUGGACGAAGGGGCCCCUGACCGGUACUACUGGUCGCCCAUGGCUCAGCACGAGCGGGGCAGCUUGGCCAGCCUGGACAGCCUGCGCAAGGGAGCGGCGGGCGCGUGGCGGCAGCCGGAGCUGCCCGAGGUCAUCGCCAUGCUGAGCUUCCGCCUGGACGCCGUCAAGUCCAACGCGGCCGCCUACCUGCAGCACCUCUGCUUCCGCAACGACAAGAUGAAGACGGAAGUGCGCAAGCUGAAGGGCAUCCCCGUGCUCGUGGGCCUGCUGGACCACCCCAAGAAGGAGGUGCACUAYGGGGCCUGCGGCGCCCUCAAGAACAUCUCCUUUGGCAAGGACCAGGACAACAAGAUCGCCAUCAAGAACUGCGACGGCGUGCCUGCCCUGGUGCGCCUCUUGCGGAAGACCCACGACAUGGACCUCACGGAGGUCAUCACGGGGACGCUCUGGAACCUGUCCUCGCACGACUCCAUCAAGAUGGCCAUCGUGGACCACGCGCUGCACGCCCUCACCGACGAGGUGGUCAUUCCGCGCUCGGGCUGGGAGCGGGAACCCAACGAGGACUCCAAGCCACGCCAUAUYGAGUGGGAAUCCGUGCUCACCAACACCGCCGGCUGCCUUAGGAACGUGAGCUCGGAGCGGAGCGAGGCCCGUCGGAAGCUGCGGGAAUGCGACGGGCUGGUGGAUGCCCUGAUCUACAUUGUGCAGUCCAAGAUCAGCCAGAAGAGCGCGGACAGCAAGCUGGUGGAGAACUGCGUGUGCCUGCUGAGAAACCUGUCCUACCAAGUGCAUCGGGAGAUCCCCCACGCCGAGCGCUACCAGGAGACCCCGCUGGCGCCCGCCAACAGCAGCGGGCCCCCCCCUGCCAGCUGCUUUGGCGCCAAGAAGGGCAAAGACGAGUGGUUCUCCAAAGGUAAAAAGAACCCCGAAGACCUGGGCACUGACACGGUGGACUUCCCUAAAAGAACAACACCAGCCAAAGGCUACGAGCUCCUGUUCCAGCCCGAGGUGGUGCGGAUAUACAUCAUGCUGUUGAAGGAGAGCAAGACUCCCACCAUCCUGGAGGCUGCGGCAGGAGCCAUCCAGAACCUGUGCGCGGGCCGCUGGACGUACGGCCGCUGCAUCCGCGCGGCGCUCCGCCAGGAGAAGGGGCUCUCGGCCAUCGCGGACCUCCUGACCACYGACAGCGAGCGCGUGGUGAAGGCGGCCUCGGGAGCCCUGCGCAACCUGGCCGUCGACCUGCGGAACAAGGAGCUCAUAGGCAAACACGCCAUCCCCAACCUAGUGAAGAACCUGCCUGGAGGCCAGCAGACACCAGCCAAGAACCUCUCCGAGGACACGGUGGUGUCGAUCCUCAACACCAUCAACGAGGUCAUCGUGGACAACCUUGAGGCCGCCAAGAAGCUGCGGGAAACGCAGGGCAUCGAGAAGUUGGUGCUGAUCAACAAAUCCGGGAACCGCUCCGAGAGGGAAGUCCGGGCUGCUGCCCUUGUCUUGCAGACAAUCUGGGGCUACAAGGAACUGCGGAAACCACUGGAGAAGGAGGGCUGGAAGAAGUCGGAUUUCCAGGUGAACCUGAGCAGCGCGGCCCGGCCCCAGGGCGGCAGCUCCUUCGACGACAGCACCUUGCCUCUCAUCGACCGGAACCAAAAAGCAGACAAGAAGUCCUCCCGGGAGGAGAUCCAGAUGAGCAACAUGGGAGCAGACAACUAUUCCACACUCAACGAGAGGGACCACGGCAGGACGUUGGAGCGGUCYGGGGAGCUGGGGGACGUGGAGCCCGUGAAGGCGGCGCCGCUGAUGCAGAAGAUCUAGCGGCCGCCCCCGCCCCGC